AUGAAGAAAAAGCUGUAUAUCUUAGAUGGCCCAGUCCCUACCCAGCCUGAAAGUAAUUCUACUACUGCACGUAAAGCACUUGAGAAACAUAACGAGGAUGCCGUUGAGGUAGCCUGCCUUAUGAAAGCCACCAUGUCUCCUGAACUUCAAAAGAACAUGGAAGAUAAGGAUGCUUAUGACAUGAUCCAGCAACUGAAAGGCAUGUUCCAGAAACAAGCCUGUCAGGAGCGAUAUGACACUAUGAAACAGCUCAUAAGCAGUAAAAUGCUAGAAGGAUCUUGUAUCGGUACUCAUGUGCUAAGGAUGAAAGGAUACAUUGACCAGAUGAACAAACUUGGUUAUUCCACAAAACCAACCAAGUUCUAA